AAUUAGUUGAAGAAAAGUUAACAGAUGCAACGCGCGGAAUAUUAUUGGAACCCACAGACCACUGGAGCCUGGAGGGAGGAGCACGUGCACACGCAGACGUACUUCAACUGUAACCUGUGAAAUUUUCUCCUUUUCUCGCCGUUGAUGAUUCAGUGAGUAGCAGCAGAUAUGGCACGGGUGUACGUUGGAGGGCUGCACUACAAUUGCAGGGAGCGUGACCUUGAAAGGUUCUUCAAGCGUUACGGCCGCCUGCGUGACUGCCUCAUUAAGAAUGGAUAUGGCUUUGUGGAAUUUGAGGAGGAGCGCGAUGCAGAUGAUGCUGUAUAUGAAAUGAAUGGUCGAGAGCUGCUUGGAGAAAGGGUGACGGUGGAGCAUGCACGAGGUCUUCCCAGGAGGGGAGGAUAUGGAGGCUAUGGGAGAGACAGAGACAGAGACCGCAGACCAGCCUGGCUUGACAGCGGGGCCCGGGGCCACCCUGCUCUCGGCCAUGUAAAGUACGGCCCGCCCACUCGCACACCAUACAGAGUCAUCGUGGAGAACCUUUCAUCCCGCAUCAGCUGGCAGGAUCUUAAGGACUACAUGCGUAAAGCUGGAGAGAUCACUUUUGCUGAUGCCCACAAACACCGUCGCUAUGAAGGAGUGGUUGAGUUUGCCACGCGGUCAGACAUGAAGCGAGCCAUCGAGAAGCUGGACGACACAGAGCUGAACGGCCGCCGCAUCCGCCUGGUGGAGGACCGGCCCUCUCGCUCCAGGUCACGGUCACGGUCCAGGUCACGCCGCCGCUCCAGGACUCGUUCCAGGUCCCGGUCAAGGAGGUCAAGGUCACGCCGUUCACGUACACGCUCCAGGAGUAGAUCACGUUCCCGAUCCAGGUACUCAAGAUCACGUUCCAGGUCAAGGUCCAGGUCCAGGUCUAGGUCACGAUCCAGGUCCAGGUCACCACGGUCUAGAUCCAGGUCCAGGUCAAGGUCAAGGUCGCGAACUCCCGAGAACCGGCGGUCACGGUCCGGUGAUCGGCGGUCACGUUCAGGGGAUCGGCGGGGUGGCUCUCAGGAACCCACCAAUAGCAAUAGUAAGAACCAGGACCAUGGUGGAGAGAUGCAGAACCACCGUGCUGCAUCCCCUCGCAGUCCCAAGUCAAGGUCCCGCUCCCCUGCCCACCGUGACGAUGCUCAUGCUGAACCCAUGGAUGCACGCUCAAGAUCCCCCUCCAGGUCCCCUCGGCCCAGAGACAGCCACUCUCGUUCCCCAACCCCGCGAGAGAAUGGCCGUGACCGCGCUGACGGCUCACAGCAAGAUGACGGGCAGAAGUAGGUGUUGGGGUAGCCAUUAGUGUGGUCAGCAGGAUUGAGUUUAUUAUUAUUAUUAUUAUUAUUAUUUUUUUUUUUUUUUUUUUUUUUUUUUUUUUUUCCUCUAUUAAAAAAAUUGGAUUUUACCAUGAUUAAAGUUCGCCAUUAUCACCAUUUACUUAUUUACAUAGUAAGGACCUGUUAAGCUCUUCUUUUACAUUAUAUGUAAGAACUUUUUUUUAUUAAUAAGAACAUGUAGCACUCAUUUAUUAGUGUUCAGUAUUCUUUUUUAAGAAUUGAGUACACAGACAAUGCAUCUUCAGUUUCAAGUAAUGUGUGGAGGCAAAUGCAUCAGUGGUUGAAAGAAAAUACUUCCUAAGAAAUGAGUGCAAUGACAGACUGACCUUAACUAGUAGUCACUGUAUGCUAUCACUCAAUCAGGUAUCAGGUGUGUGGCUCACAUCCACUUACGAUAGAAUACUUUGAUCUACAAGAUGUCAGCUCUGCUGAAGAAUUUGAUGUGAUGAAAAUGUACUGUUUCUUCUUAAUGUGCUGUUUUGGGAGACCACACUUCACUUGUCUUUUUUAUUAUUGUUAUUUAUUUUUUAUUUGUUUAUUUCUUAUUUUACUGAUUAUUGCUACUAGGCUUCCCUAGAAACGGACAAAAGAUGGGAGUGUGAAUAUUAUUAUCAUUAUUAUUUUUUUAUUAUUUACUUUACAUUUUAAAGUAUUUCCAUGGUCUCCACUCCAGAGUUAUAUGUUGACAUUAGUUUGGUAUAUAAAAGAAAUACUACUAUAUAGUACAAAUAAAUAUCCUUUGUGAGUUUCUUUAUGCUGCUAAAAGUUGUAUUUUCCAUGUUCUUAUCAAUAUCAAAGCAGAAAUUAAACCACUUCACUUCGCAGGUUGUCAUACCUCAAAAAGCAACAAGUAAUUCAUAGCAUUAAAGCCUGGAUUGGCAUUAGGUGACUUGAUAUUUUGGCUUAAUGGAAUUGCUUUUUAGAUAUACAACAAAACAGUUUUCUCCUUCAAGGUAUUCUUGAUGUAGUACCUUUGGAUGAUACAGAAAACACUUAUAAGGUGAAGUUGUGAGGCUGCUGUACUGUAUCUUUUGGGGGAAUGUGGACCUAUUAACUGUAUGAAUGACAAAAUAUCAAGUAAAUGUUAUUCUGAAUUGCAAUGGAUUCUCUUGUGGCCAUUUUGAAUUUAAUAAAACUUAGAUGUUAUGCUUAUAUUACAAUCCAGAGUAUUGUUUAUUUCCAUUAAGUUCAGCAACAGAUGUGUACUUUGGAGUCAUGGAAGGCGGUGAGUCUGUUUUUUAUAAUGUAGGUAGUUACUUCAUUACCUCUUGAUUGACUUGUUCACAUUAUGCCGCUUCAUGGUAUGUAGUAUAAUUAUACAGUGCCUGCAAUAAAAGUAAAUGACCUAA